AUGGUUGACGAAUCCCGUGAUAAUUCAGUGAAUGAACAAAUGGCAAUUAUGGUGAGAUAUGUUGAUGAUCAUGGAGAGAUUCUCGAGAGGUUUCUUUCAGUUGAGCAUGAAGCAGAUACUUCAUCACAUACUUUAAAGCAAACUAUUGACAAUUUUUUUGCAAAGUACGGACUUUUAAUAUCUAGACUGCGAGGGCAAGCAUAUGAUGGGGCGUCAAACAUGCAUAGAGAAUUCAACGGUUUAAAGUCACUCAUACUUAAUGAGAAUCCUUAUGCUAGGUAUGUUCAUUGUUUUGCUCACCAGCUUCAACUAGCGGUUGUUGCUGUUGCAAAAACAUUACCGAUAGUUGAGAAUUCAUUUAGUUAUUUAUCCAUGCUUGUGAACACUGUUGGAGCUUCAUGUAAAAGAAAAGAUGCACUCAGACAAAGCCAACAUGAUCUUAUGGUCACAAAAUUGGAAAAUGGUGAAAUCUCUUCAGGACGAGGGUUGCAUCAAGAGACGAGUCUUGUAAGACCUGGAGACACAAGAUGGGGUUCUCAUUAUCAAACGAUACUUUGCAUAUUAUUAAUAUGGUCUUCAGUAAUGGAAGUGCUUGGAAAUGUUCAUGAUGAUGCGACUGGUUCAAAGGAAAAAGGUGCAGCUUUGGGUUUACUAUAUCGAAUGGAAAAUUUUGAAUUCGUAUUCACCUUGCAUUUGAUGAAAAAAUUCUUGGCAAUUAUAAAUGGAUUAUCACAAGUUUUGCAAGAGAAAAAUCAAAAUAAUGUUAAUGCUUUGGACAUGUUUUGUGUUACAAAUUAUAUCGACGUACCUAAUUUGGAAGAUAAUUUACCGAAUCGUUGGCGGUCAAAACGUGAAGGUCAAACUAUAACAUAUUCUCAUCGUUUCUGUGUGGAAAUAUUUUCUGAGGUUAUUGAUGUGAUUGUGCAAGAGAUGAAUGACCGUUUCUCUGAAGGAAAUCUCGAGUUGCUUUCUUGCUUAACCUGUCUUGAUCCAAGACAAUCGUUUUCUAGGUUUGAUGCCUUGAAAUUGCAUCGUCUUGCCGAGCUUUAUCCGGAAGUUUUUUCUACAUUUGAUUUGAUUUUGUUGAGUGAUCAAUUGAAGAUAUACAUACAUGAUGUGAGGCAAAAUGCUGAUUUUGUUGAACUUGUGGGAAUCGGGGAACUUACAAAGAAGCUGGUUGAAACAGAGAAGUACACUGUUUACCCUCUUAUUUAUCGAUUGAUUGAAUUGGCAUUGGUUUUGCCAGUUUCAACUGCUUCAGUUGAAAGGGCAUUUUCAGCAAUGAAUAUCAUCAAGACCAAUUUGCGUAAUAAAAUGGGGGAUGAAUUUCUAAGCGACAGCUAUCAUGUUUUAUUGAGAAACAAAUUUUUGUGA